UAUAAUAUCUAUAUCACUUACUAGCGAGCCUUGGAAACAAUAGCUCGCCGCAACGUUUUUCUUGUUAAUAAACUUUCGCUGUGAUUAUUCUCUCCGAGACAUUGUGAUGGAAGAAGAUUGGGUUGCAGGGCAAUUUCUUACUUAUCGGCGUAGAAACUGUCUGAACUAGAGCUCGUUGCCAUCACCAUAGCCAUCGGAUCUGCUUGGUGAAAAGAGGCAGACGUUGAUAUAUCGAUGAUUCAAAAGCAUUGAGCAUUCUUCGAGAGAUGGUGCCACUGAAAGACAUAGUGCCAGCAGCACAGAACAACAUAAACACAAGGUUCAUACUUUUGGACAAAGGCAUCGUCAAGACUACAACUACGACCUCAUCACAAGCCCAAAACAAGACGUGCCUGGCGCUAGUGGCGGACGAGACUGCGGCGGUUCACUUCCAGCUGUGGGGGAACGAGUGCGACGCCUUCGAGCCCGGUGACAUCGUGCAGUUGAGCAAUGGCAUCUUCUCUUACUGCAGGAACAACCUUUUGCUCAGGGCAGGCAAGAGAGGCAAAAUUGAGAAGGUUGGGGAGUUUCUGAUGGCAUAUGUUGAGACCCCAAAUUUGAGUGAGAUUCGUUGGGUUCCUGACCCUAAUAAUUCCAAGAAGUACAUUCAGGAGGCUGUGAUCUCCCCACAUUCUCGUAUAUUUCCUCCCAAAUACUAAUCCAUGAAGAAGUAGUUGUGUAUUGAAAAACCGUGAGUGUAGUCACAUUGUCUAGA